ACGCACGCCCCGACGCGUCCCCGCGCCUCCUCCCACAGCGCCAGCCACGCAAUAAAUGCCGCUUUGUGCGCACGUCUCGGCCUUCUCAAUCAGCCAAUUACUGCUGGGAAGCUGCAGAGGCGUUUGCGCUGUCGUCGCUGUUUAAUACCACGUUCAAGAUGACUCAUCAGUUCCCAUCCCUGUCACCGGAGCAGAAGAAGGAGCUCUCUGACAUCGCUCAGAGGAUCGUGGCUCCAGGAAAGGGAAUCCUAGCUGCAGAUGAAUCGACAGGCACCAUGGGAAAGCGUCUCCAGAACAUCAAGGUGGAGAACAACGAGGAGAACCGUCGCAGCUUCCGCGACCUCCUGUUCUCUGCCGACGCCUCCCUCUCAAACAGCAUCGGCGGCGUCAUCUUCUUCCACGAGACGCUCUACCAGAAAUCUGAUGGCGGCAAACUGUUCCCCAAGGUCAUCAAGGACCAAGGCAUUGUGGUCGGCAUCAAGGUGGACAAAGGCACAGCUGCUCUGAAUGGAACGGACGCGGAGACAACCACACAAGGUCUUGAUGGCCUCUCUGAGCGCUGCGCCCAGUACAAGAAGGAUGGCUGCGACUUUGCCAAGUGGCGAUGCGUGCUCAAAAUCUCCGACGGCUGCCCGUCGCCCCUGUCCAUCAGCGAGAACGCCAACGUCCUCGCCAGAUACGCCAGCAUCUGCCAACAGAACGGCCUGGUGCCCAUCGUGGAGCCAGAAAUCCUGCCCGACGGAGACCACGACCUGAAGCGGUGCCAGUACGUCACAGAGAAGGUUCUGGCUGCCGUCUACAAGGCCCUGUCCGACCACCACGUGUACCUGGAGGGCACCCUGCUGAAGCCCAACAUGGUCACCGCCGGACACUCCUGCCCGACGAGGUUCACCCCGCAGCAGGUCGCCAUGGCGACGGUGACCGCCCUGAGGCGCACCGUCCCCGCCGCCGUUCCCGGCAUCUGCUUCCUCUCCGGCGGUCAGAGCGAGGAGGAGGCCUCCGUCAACCUGAACGCCAUCAAUCGGGUGCCGCUCCAUCGCCCGUGGAAGCUGACCUUCUCCUACGGCCGCGCACUCCAGGCCUCCGCUCUGGCCGCCUGGCAGGGCAAAGCCGCCAACAAGAAGGCUGCGCAGGACGCGUUCUUCUCCAGAGCCAAGAUCAAUGGCCUGGCCUCCAAAGGGGAGUACAAGCCCUCUGGCUCCGCGGAUCAGGCCUCCACACAGUCUCUGUACACUGCCAGCUACGUCUAUUAAACGCUCAACAUGUGAACAACAAAAGGCCCACGGACCAAGCGCCAGAGGAAGACCUCGAUGUUGAACCACGAUUCUUCUACUUCAUGAAACCAAUAAAUGAACUGACCAAAGUA